GACUCGGUCUUUAAGAGAAAUCGUCUGCUACGAAAAAUUCCACUUCCGUUCGUACUGGAACAAUACGACGUACUUAGUUGUAGUUAGCUGUACGGGAAGUUCUCGCAAAAUAUUUAUACAGGCGUUCUAAAGAGAUGACUAAAAACCAAAACGUAAAUGACUCUUUAAUAGGUUUUGCAUCGUGGAUGAUAUCGAAUUUGUCAAUGCAUCCCCAAAAGAUUCCUCCUCAGUGCAGGAGAAAAACUAUUCCCGCAUCGAAUCUGAUCAAAAAGAAAUUCAUACCAGCCAGGUUUGAGUGGCUGUUUCGUCUCCCACAGCCAGCCCAUUUCUUCACCCUGGUGACCUCCCUGUACCUUGGGUUUCUGUUUUUCCCCCGAGAAAAUCGUUUGGCACCCGAACAGCCUUCAACUUUCACAAGCCUUAUGUAUGUGGCCUGUUUCGCAAUGCAUUUCGGGACGCAAUUCUGGAUGACCUUUGCCUCAGGUCUCGUGUUGUUCUUCUCCCUGCCCCGCCACAUCUUCGGCAAGGUGCAGAAAUGCCUGUUCCCCAAGUACUUCAUGCUGAAUUCAAUGCUGUCAGCGAUCACGUUGGCGCUCUUCAUUCUCCACCAUCCCUCUGCUGCCCAAGGAGAACUCAAAGUACAAAUGUGGACACUUCUAAUAUGCUUCUUGAGUGAGUUCAGUGCUAGGCUGUACAUUGUUCCAAACUUACUGGACGCAAUGGAGGAGCGCAUGACCCUUGAAGAAAACGCCGGAGUCGGCAUGGAAAUCGGAUACCACAAUCCCGGACCUUUAGCCUAUUGCCCACACUACACCAAAGUAAACAAGCGCUUCAGAAUGUACCACGGCAUCUGCGCAUGCGCCAACAUCCUCUCAAUGGCCUGCAGUACACUUCAUUUGUACUUCCUGUCUACAAAGUUGCGAUAUGCACUAACUUAGAUGAAAUAAAAAGCUACUUAGAUUGUAGAAUUUUCAUCCUUUCA